AUGGCGGAUAUAUACGAUACCCAAGCUCCUGAGAUGCUUCAGGGGAAGUAUCAAGCAAUGGUUGUUUGCAGUAUUCUUGGACUCGGAUCUCUUGUUUCUUGGAACAGUAUGCUCACUAUCGCAGAUUACUACUACCAAGUUUUCCCGACUUAUCAUCCUUCAAGGGUUCUACCACUUGUAUACCAGCCAUUUGCGCUUGGAACAAUCGUCAUUCUCGCAUACCACGAAUCAAAACUCAAUACUCGAAAACGUAUCAUGAUCGGUUACAUUUUAUUCACAAUAUCCACAUUCUUGCUCAUAGUGUUGGAUUUGACAACAAAAGGGCAUGGUGGAGUAGGAAUUUAUAUCGGUUUAUGCACAAUCGUUGCUUCGUUUGGCAUAGCAGAUGCUACCGUUAAAGGAGGAAUGAUCGGUGAUUUAUCUUUGAUGUGCCCUGAACUCAUCCAGUCAUUCAUGGCCGGUUUGGCUGUAGCUGGUGCUCUAACCUCAGCUUUUAGGCUAAUAACUAAAGCAGCCUUUGAGAGAAAUAACGACAAUCUACGAAAAGGAGCAUUGAUAUUCUUAGCAAUCUCUACAUUCAUAGAGUUCCUCUGUGUGAUGUUAUACGCUUAUGUGUUCCCAAAACUUCCCAUUGUUAAGUAUUACCGAAGAAAAGCCGCUUCUGAAGGAUCUAAAACUGUUGUUGCUGAUCUUGCUGCUGCUGGUGUCCAAAACCAAACAGAUUUAACUGAUGAUGAUUCCAAGAAUCAAAGGAUAAGCAAAAAAGAGCUAUUGCUUCAAAACAUAGACCAUGCAAUGAAUCUAUUCCUCAUCUACGUUUUGACACUAUCCAUUUUCCCCGGGUUCUUAUACGAGAAUACGGGACAACACGGGCUAGGCACUUGGUACGCGCUUGUCCUAGUAGCGGUGUACAACUUUUGGGAUUUGGUUGGGAGGUACAUGCCGCUGGUGGAAUGGCUAAAGGUUGAGAAUAGAAAAGUACUAAUGGUUGCGGUUUUAACCCGUUAUUUGCUCAUUCCGGCGUUCUACUUGACGGCGAAAUAUGGUGAUAAAGGAUGGAUGAUUAUGCUCAUUUCUGUUUUGGGAUUAACUACUGGACAUCUCACUGUUUGCAUUCUCACCAUAGCUCCUAAAGGAUACAAGGGUCCGGAGAAGAACGCAAUGGGGAAUUUGCUGGUUGUUUUUAUAUUAGGAGGAGCACUUACAGGAAUUUCUUUGGGUUGGUUAUGGCUUAUUGGUAAGACAAAUGCCUUCUGA